AGAGAGCCAGCGAGGCAGGGAUCGAAAGAGUAGCUGGCAGCCCGGAGCCCGGCGAACAGAGCGAGCGUAGAAAAGCGAGCGAAUUAAAGGGAAUAGAGGAGACCGAGACUGACCGGUAGCCAGCCAGGCAGGUGGACGGACGCACCCCCGGACAGACAGACUGAGCAGGCGCCGGAGAACCUCGCGCUGGUUUCUCCUGCCUUUCCCUUUGAAAGCCAGGAUUUUGCCUUUUUCCGUGGCGCCCGAGAGAGAAUGCUGGACUCUGCAGACUUCAGCGCAAGCUAAGAUUUCUCAGCUAGGGAAGAAAGAUCAGCUCAGUUCUGAGAAGGGGGAAGCGAGCGCCCCUGUCCCCAUCCCCCCUUCCCCCCUCCCGUACCAAACUCGGGCGCCAAACCCAGCCCUUCCCCAACCACCCGACUUCCUCCUCUCCUUUCUAGCAUGGUGGCUGUAUGGACAGUCUGACAGAACAGAGACUGACAUCUCCCAAUCUGCCAGCCCCUCAUUUGGAACACUACAGUGUUCUGCAUUGCACCAUGACCCUGGAUGUGCAAACUGUAGUCGUUUUUGCCGUGAUUGUAGUCCUUCUGCUUGUAAAUGUCAUACUCAUGUUUUUUCUGGGAACGCGCUGAAUGGAG